UUGUAUCACUGACAACGCUGAGGACUGGAAAAUGGCUGGCAACGUUGAUUUAGUUGUGCGGGCCGAGGUGAUGAAAGAAGCAGGGAUGUACGACGACAUGGUGCAGUGUAUGAAGGAGCGGGUGCAGACGACUCCAGUGCUGUCUAAUGAGGAGAGAGACCUGCUGUCCGUAGCCUACGGGAACGCGGUGGGCUCCCGGCUGUCCGCCUGGCGGACCGUCUCGUCCGCCGAGCAGAAGGCUCCCGACGGGUCGGACGACCACCAGGCGGCGACGUGGCUACGGGAGAGGGUGGAGACCGAGAUGAAAGGGUUGUGCGGAGACGUCUUAUCGCUGCUCGACAGGCUGCUUGAAGGCGAUAACAUUGAUGACGAGGCCCAAGUCUUCUACUAUAAGAUGAAGGGGGACUACUACCGAUACCUGGCGGAAAUCACCGAGGGCGAACAUAAGGCAAUGGCCAAGACGAGCUACGAGCAAGGGUGGGUGGCUGCCAAGCCGUUGAAGGCAACAAACCCCUUAAAACUGAAACUGGCGCUAAAUUUUUCACUCCUGCACUACGAGAUCUUGAAGCGAACCGAUUCUGCGUGCACGCUGGCGAGGGAGGCGUUCGACACUGCGGUAACGGAGUUGGACGGCAUACCAGAUCCUGUGGAGCGCAAAUACAGCACCGACAUCAUGCAUCAACUCCGGGAUAACCUCACGCUUUGGCAAAUUGCAAAGCGAAAAUGAAGGCCAAGAAGAGAACUAGACCGCCCUUCCGCCAUGAUAUCAAACGCAUUUGAAACAUGAUCGACUCAUACCUCUUGAGUCAAUGUCGACCUUUGCUUUUCCCUUCGUAACUACAUUAUGCUGUAUUGCUUCUGUUUUGAUAAAGAGCGUUUUUGACCUCAUAAGGAAAGAUGUAAAUUAUUGUUCUAUUGGUCUCUUAACAUCUUUCUUUAUAGAGAACCAUAUCAUCCUACUUUCCACUACAUCUCACACUCUUAGUAUCAGAUGGGUACUGUGGUAGUCUUAAAUUUUUCUGCCAUACAUUUCGAAUGUUAACAGCCAAACUUAAUUUCAAUAUUGCCACUGUCAUUUGAAUGGAUAUUGGGCUUGACUUUUUUUCUGAAACAGAGGAAGACGAAAAAUUCCACUUGCUCAUGAUAUACAUUUUGUAUAUCGAUAAUUGUGUAGCCCUUCGUGGUGUUAAAUUUCGAUUUAUCGGAAUAUACUGUAUAUCGAUAAUUGUUUUGCCUUUUGUUGUGUUAUUUUUGAUCUAUCGGGAUAUAUUUUAUAUCGAUAAUUGUGUAGCCUUUUGUGGUGUUAUUUUCUAUUCAUAGGGAUAUAUUGUAUAUCGAUGAUUGUGUAGCCUUUUGUAGUGUUAAUGUUGAUUUAUAGGGAUAUAUUGUAUAGCGAUAAUUGUGUAGCCUUUUGUAGUGUUAAUGUGAAUUUAUCGGGAUAUACUGUACAUCGAUAAUUGUGUAGCCUUUUGUGGUGUUGAUUUUGAUUUAUCAGGAUAUAUUGUAUAUUAAUAAUUGUGUAGCCUUUUGUGGAAUCUCAAAUUAAAAGUUUUAAAUCAGUCAAUCGGGCACUCAAGUGGACACUCGCCACGUGUCAUUGAUGCCUCCUGGCUAUUCAUAUUA